UGGGCUGGGGACUAGAGCCUGUGCUACUGGAAGGCCAGGUGCCCUCCUCCAGCUGGCACCAUGCAGCUCUCUCUUGCCCUGUGUCUCGUUUGCCUGCUGGUGCACGCAGCCUUCCGUGCAGUGGAGGCCCAGGGGUGGCAGGCCUUCAAGAACGAUGCCACAGAGAUCAUCCCCGAGCUGGGCGAGUACCCCGAGCCCCCUCCAGAGCUGGAGAACAACAAGACCAUGAACCGGGCGGAGAACGGAGGGAGACCUCCGCACCACCCCUUUGAGACCAAAGAUGCACAGGGGCAAAAACGCCUGUCCGAGCUCAAGGACUUCGGGCCCGAGGCCGCGCGGCCGCAGAAGGGCCGGAAGCCGCGGCCCCGCGCCCGGGGCGCCAAAGCCAACCAAGCCGAGCUGGAGAACGCCUACUAGAGCCACCCGCCCGCCGCGCCUCCCCAGCGGGCGCCCCCGAAUCGGGCGCCCCCGGUUCCUGCCCUCUGCGCGCGGUUUGAUCGUUUGUAUUUCAUUUUAAAUGCCUGCAGCCCGGCGCAGGGGCUCGACCCGUCUGGCUUCGCAGGAGGUAGCCGGGCCCUGCGGAUCCCGGGUGCCAGCCAAGCCCCACACUCCCCGCCCGCCGCCGACGGGGUCCCGCAGGGCAGGGGAGGGAGCUGAGAGUCACAGACACUGAGCCACGCAGCCCCGCCCACCCGGGCGGCCUACCUUUGCAGGUCCCACUUCGGAGCAGGCAGAAAAGGAAGCAUUUCCCCGCCUGGGGGUUUAGGGAGCCGUGGGGAGCGAGAAAAGCCUGGGGACUGGUUAUGAAAGUUCGGUAAGAUCCCCAUCCACCUCUCCGCCCCGUCAUAAAGUGUAGUGUCAUGCUGUGCCAAGAGCACAGGACUCGGCCCCUAGACGUGGCUUCUAGUCCUGGCUCUGCCGCUAACUUGCUGGGUGACCUUGGACAACACUUCUCUCUUUCUGGACCUUGACUUCCUAUUUGUAAAAUGCAGACGGGGUUGGGAUUAGAGUCUCAAGGAAUCUACUGCCAAAUGAUUCCAAGGACUUGGGUGCGUUUCGAAUGAGCGGCGAGAGAGAGGUUGGAUUGAAUCACUGCCAUGGUCAUGUCUAGAAUUCAGAGUUGUAAUUUUCUGAUCUGACAGCCAAAGAUGAAAAACAGGCAAGGGAAAAGAGUCCACGUGUGGCUGCCAAACUCCUGAAAGAUGCUGAGCUGUUUCCCAGCCUGGCCUCCCCAGAUGUUUGGCUACCUCUCUCCCUCCACCUCAAAGGAUGCAGAAAUACCAUCAAUUGGGGUAGAGAAGAAGGUCCCAAGGCUGGUGGGAGGGGCAGAAAUCACCCCCCCAUAUUCCCAAAGA